AUGGCUGGAAUUUUUGACAACGUUAUCGACUUGAAUCCUAUGAAAACUACGUGGAAAAUUAAGGUAAAGAUCAUUCGUCUAUGGAGACAAUACUUCGCAGGCGACAUUGAGAGUAUUGAGAUGGUGUUACUUGAUUCAAAUGGUGAUAUGAUUCAUGCAACUGUUAAUGAUGAUGUGGUUCCGAUCUUUGAAUCAUUCCUCGAAGAAGGUGACUCGAAGAUAUUCAUCAAUUUUUCUCUUUCUCAAUCAUGUGGGUCCUAUCGAUUAACCAAGUAUCCUUACAAAAUUUGGCUCCAAGCCACCACUCGGGUUGGAUUUUGUGACGAUUUGCCAUACAGAUUGACUGGUUUCACCCCUGUCAAUUUUCGUGAAAUCUUAGAUGGUAGUCUGAGCCCUGAAUAUUUGAUCGAUAUUAUUGGUCAGAUUGUAGAGGUUACUCAUGUUGAAAUAGUGUCUCUCAGUGGGAAGGACACAGAAAAGAUUUCAUUAGAGUUAAAAAAUGAAGAAGAUGUUAGGCUUCCAUUGGUUGUAUGGGGAAAGGUUGCACUAGAUCUAAGCGAAGCAAUUCAACUUCUUUCUGAUCGAACUCUAAUUUGUGUUAUGAAGUUUGGCAAGAUCAAAAUAUGGAAAGAUGAGCGAAGCGUAUGCAAUGCAUACAAUGUGUCCGAUAUCUCCCUUAAUCCAUCUAUUCAAGAGGUAGAAACUUUUGCCAAAUUGUUACCAAAGGAAAAUAUAUCUUUAGAAAUUGUGCAGUCUAAACCAUUUUCGAUGGUAUCAAUGAUGUCAGAGGAAGAAGACUACUUCGUUCAAACGCCACAAAAAACAAUAUCUGAUAUUUUGGAGACGAGAAAGGUUGAGAGGUGUUUUGUAAGGUGCACCAUAGCUGCGAUUGAUAAUGAUAUGGGUUGGUACUAUAUUAUUUGCAAAGUGUGUGGUACAAAACUAGAUAUGUUGCAUAAUAACGUUCACCCCGGAAGAACCUAUGAACUGGAUGUUCGUUGUAUGCUCUAUUGUACUAAGUGCAAGAUGCUCAAUCCUAAGCUGAAGCUAAGGUACAAGUUGCAUUUGGUAGUACUAGAUAAUACAGGCCACACGAAGUUGUUGGUGUUAGAUAAUAUUGCGCUGCAAUUGCUCCAUCAACCUUGCUUUCAUCCAACGACACAUAUCACAAGUGAAAUCCUGGAACCCAAUGUUUUACGCACCGCUCUCAAGAAUUUAGUUGGUAAAACAUAUUUGUUUAAGAUCAUUAUAGAUGAGGUUAAUUAUCAGUACGAGGACGACACAUUCAAGGUGCAGAAGAUUAUCACCAGCCCAUAUAUGAUGAACGAGUUUGACGUGUCCUCUUAUCCUAAGGGAGGUUCAAACAUGUUCUACCCAGAUUUUUCUAAUGGGCCUGAGGACCCAGAGGGUUCUAUGCUGCUAGCUGGCGGUUCUUCGGUUGACUCUGAAUCUAAUGUGAAGACUCCUGCUAAACGUGAAGGAUCCCCAAUCGAAAGUAUAGAGGCAGCCUUUUACCAGAGUACUGCUAACAAACAUGGACCUUCUGAUUCGAUCAAGAAAGUGAAGACUGAAAAAAGUGGCUGA